UGGACGGCCCCAAAGAGAAAACCGCAACGUCCGGCGUGUCCAAAGAGCGCCGCCCGUGUAGAUGUGGUCAAAUUGCCGCGUUCCCUAACUUCACCGGGUCCCGGAAACGGCGCCUGGCCGUGUGAAGAAGCAGCGGGCAUUUUGGCCUCCGGUUGUUUCUUUUUCCAUUUCGAGACCGCGGCUUCCAAAAACAACAACAACAACAUCGUCGUCGACAACAACAACAUCAGCCCCACCAGAAUGGCGUGUGCGGUGGCCACCCCGGUGCUGGAGCCGAGCGGAAACUUCCCGGCGUGGCUGGAGGCGCAGGGCGUGAACGCGGAGGUGGCCCGGGCCAUGGACUCCGAGCUGGGCAUCCGGGACUACGGGGUCCUGCGCGCCUGCGUCGGGGACGGCCUCGUGCGGGCCGAGCUGCUGUCCACGGCGCGCGACCGCCUGCCCUUCGGCUUCUACGCCGUGCUGCGGCAGGUGGUGAAGGCCCUGCAGGGCGCCGAGCACCACGACGCCGGGACGCCGUGCUGGGACGAUGCCACCGCCGCCGUCACGUCCUCCCCUGGCGACGUCACGCUGGGAGGCCUGGUGGACGUGCUGCUCGCGCUGUUCAGUGGCUUGAGCCGGGAACUGCUGCUGUCCGUGCGGAGGCUAGGAACCAUGGAAAAUGUCGGAGCUGUAGAUGUGGAUUCGCAUUUGAUUUCUCCUGAGGACAAUGUGGUUGACGAGACAGGUGAAGAUGCGGCUCAUGAUGAGGCUGGGGGGAAUGCAGACUGGCAGAGAGAAGUCAUCAGCCCAAGGCAGACAUUACAAAUGAUUAAAGUAGAGGAAAGUGCAGAUGACGAUGGAGAGAGGCCAACAUCAAGCGCGGAGGAUUCGGACCCCAUCACGGUGCUACGUAAUUUAAAGACGGAGCCCUUUGAUGGUAAAAGUACUAUUGAAGAUUUUCCAAGAUUCGUCCAUCAAGAGGAGACCUCGUUUCAGGGGCUAGGAAUAUGUGUGGAAAACUCCACCAAGGUUGGCACUCACCCACAGGCGAAUCAGCUGCAGCGAAUGGACAACGAAACGCAAGACGACACCGAUGAAUUUGACAGGUCUCAGAGCACCAAGUGCUCAACUGAGGCAUUCAGCGGCCAUUGCUCCAACGAGGAAGAGAUGCCGAACAGAAAUGCUUUUCUGCCAAGCGACGAGCAAGGUUUUGCCUUUGAAAAUCACGAACCAUUUGAUUUCCAGUCCUGCGCGCAGUGGCCUACAACGUCCGGUUCCCUGAACAAGGGAGUAGACGUGGCAGCGGAGAAGAAGCCUUACCAGUGCGCAGUAUGCGAAAAGCGUUUUGCGCAGAACUGCCUUCUCAAGUACCACCAGCGGAUGCACACGGGCGAGAAACCAUUCCGCUGCAAGAUGUGCGACCAUUCCUUCACCCAGUCGUCCCACCUGAAAGCGCACCAGCGCACGCACACGGGCGAGAAGCCCUACCAGUGCAGUCUGUGCAGUCAGAGUUUCUCGCGCAGUCGCAAUUUGAAAGCACACCAGCAUACGCACACGGGCAAGAAGCCGUACAAGUGUGAGCUGUGCAGCAAAAGCUUCUUGCGCAGCGAUAGCCUAAAGACCCACCAGCGCAAACACACGGGAGAGAAGCCAUACAAGUGCACGGUGUGCAACCAGACCUUCGUGAAAAAUUACCACCUGAAGGUCCACGAGUGCAUGCACACGGGCGAGAAGUCAUUCAAGUGCAGCAUGUGCAGUAAGAGUUUCUUGCGUAGCGAUAGUUUGAAGUCCCACCAGCGUACACACGCACGGGCGAGAAGCCCUACAAGCGCAGGGUGGGCGAUUAGAGCUUCCCGUAGCCAAAGUCUUAACAUCCACCAGUUCAUGCAUGCCGUGGGGACAAGUUAUGAUGCAAGACGCCCACUCAAACCUUCUUGCGCGGUACAGUUUUAAACACCUGUAAUGAGAGAGCGCCAUCCAGUGGGUGCCAGAGGAUAACUGGGUACAGGCACUAUUAUGUAAUCGGCAUCCAGUCCGAAGAAAAAAAUAACAUCUGGGCCAAAGGUGACGGGCGGAGUCGAGAGAUGCUUCGGGAACCAUCGGGAAGGUUCCACGAGGGGGCAUGGCUAGAGGCGGAGCCUAGCUCUGCGAAGCGGAGCCUAGCUCUACCUGGGGAAAAUAUAAGCAGGGGAGGGCUCGAGGUCGGUGUGGGGAGCCUGGGAUCCGGACUGCGUCGCUGCUCGUCAUUUCCUCUCUUCGCCACCGACUACGUAGCGGGUUCCCCAGUGAAGUUCGCCUCUUCUCUCCGGCACGCCGCCAACUGAGGGCGAGACGGGGGGAGCGGAGCGAACCUCGCUGGUGGACCGGAGAGAGACGCCUCGUCCAUGGCGUUGUGAAAAGGGAAAUUACCCGGAGAGGGAAGGAGAGGAACCGUUGCAGUGCUACAGUUAAUAAAGAAGCACUCUUGCAACAAUCGUCGUGGAAGUCGUUUAUUACGCACAUAACAGCCCACAGGGACUCGCACAAGCGGUUUAAACGAGAGGAGCCAAUGGAUGUCAGACCAACGUAGCAUUCGUGAAGAAUGUCAGGCUAAUUGUCUGUAGAAUAGUUAAACCGACGACCAUUUGAUUCACAAGCGAAUGCGGAAAGUGGGAAAAUGCGGGCCUCAUUGAGCUGGAUUGCAGACUUAACGCUUGGUUACUGUUCUAAAGUAUUUUUAAGUUUUUGCGUUUUAUUCUAAUUUGUGUACACACUUAUUUUGUUGCCAUCAUGGCACGGGGUGAGAAAAUUCCACUUGGAACUCGCGCAGCUGUCGGUGCACCACCUUGUGGCAUAGAACGGGACCAAGAAGAUGACAUUUGUCCACACAAGGGUCACUUUUUAUAAGCAGAGUAUAUUCAUCGCAUGACAAAUCAAAUAGUUUUCGUUUUGUGAGAGCUGGAAUAUGCUGCAAUACUGAAAAUGUAAUAAAUUGGGUAUUUUCCAGUCAACGGUGACCGACCUGAAUCCAUCCACCUGCUACACUUGAGAACCCAGUUUUAGUCACAGGCUCGUGUGGCUAUUGCCCGACGUUCACACCCAGGGUCUGAGCAGUGCCGAUUCGGUGCUUCCGACAGUUAACAAGUCCCUUUGAGCCACCUGGCCAACCUCUGCGUGUCAAGUGCUAGUCGCGGCGGUAUUGUACACCAGCAGACACUGAACACGCUGUUGGUGAUGCUGAUAUUGAAAGUUGUCUGACGGCUAGAGAUUCCCGUUUGCACAUGGAGCCGGUGUGAGCUUACCUGUAAUUUAAUCACACGAAUAAUUGCGCACUGCUAAUAGCUACGGGGAGCAAGGUGCGUUUUAUCAUUAAAGUGAAUGCAAUGGUGAUCAGAGAUUGCACCCAAAAGCCCAACAGUUUACGGUGUACGACGCACGUUGCCAAGUUAGAUUUGGGCAAAUUUCGGACAGAAAUUGAGCUGCGGUGUUGAUGGGGAGUGGUGUUUCUGAUCGCCAUUGCAGAUAGCACCACUGUUCUUCUGAGGAACACUUGGAAAUAAGUUUCACCUUUUCACAAAUCCCACCCGGGUGCUCAGCUCAUACCUGUCAACCCCUCAUCAGUGCCUACCUUAUUACAGACCAAUUCAGACCUUAUUGGUAACACAGUGCCCCUUUUAAAUCUCAACGUUCAUCCUACAAAGUCCCAUCACAACGGAGAAACACAUGGUCAAAAAAAUGUGUCCGGAUUGAAACGGCUGUAUGCCAUAUGGACCUGAAAACUCAAUUUCUCCUGUACAAAAAUACGGGUAAACCGUAUGGGUUGACAAGUAUGUCAGCUGUUGUGGAGUCGCCCACGACGCAGAGUACGCAUCAACGCAUCCGUCUCAGAACUGUAUUAAUUGUAUUGUCGAUUUAGCCAACCGACUCGCCCCCCCCCCACCUCGCAAAUAUUCACGAUGGGAGGAAGAGGGGGCAUGGCAGACCGGCUACACAUGCACACGUUGAUGUUUAUUCCAUGUUUUUCAUGAUGAUUUUUCUCUUUUAGAUUUACUGGCUUGUUCAAUAAAGAUUGUUCUUUA